AUGCCGGUCUUGAAGAAGCGGAAACUUGCCCACACAGCUCAGCCAGACCCCAUUGUGAGCGACCUGGAAUCCUCCAGUUCAGAAGCCUCACAGCAAUCGCACGAUGAGCAACUCACCGCAGCCAAUGAACAAGAUGACGAAAGCCCGCAGGUGCAGCGAGAAGAGGCUGUGACGAAGUCUUUCAAAGAUCUAGGCAUUAUUGAUUCAUUAUGUGAAGCAUGUGAAGCUUUAGGCUACAAAUCGCCCACUCCGAUUCAAGCAGAAUCAAUCCCGCUCGCACUUCAAGGGCGGGAUCUCAUUGGGCUGGCAGAGACAGGAAGUGGAAAGACGGCCGCAUUUGCCUUGCCUAUUCUCCAAGCUCUGAUGAACAAACCUCAAUCCCUUUUUGGCCUCAUACUAGCUCCCACCCGAGAACUAGCCUGCCAAAUAUCAGAAGCAUUCGAGGCGCUCGGCUCCCUUAUCUCAGUCCGAUGUGCCGUCAUCGUUGGUGGAAUGGACAUGGUUUCCCAAGCAAUUUCACUGGGGAAGAAACCUCACAUCAUCGUCGCAACACCAGGUCGUCUUCUAGACCACCUUGAAAAUACAAAGGGCUUCUCCCUCCGCAGCCUCAAAUACCUCGUGAUGGACGAAGCCGACCGCCUCCUCGAUCUUGACUUUGGACCCAUCCUUGACAAAAUCCUCAAAGUUCUUCCCCGUGAACGCCGCACAUACCUAUUCUCCGCAACCAUGAGCUCAAAAGUUGAGUCUCUCCAACGCGCAUCCCUCUCCAACCCGCUCCGCGUUUCCAUCUCCAGCAACAAAUAUCAAACCGUCGCCACCCUGCUCCAAAGCUACCUCUUCAUUCCCCACAAAUACAAAGAUAUCUAUCUCGUCUACCUCCUCAACGAAUACGCAGGCCAAUCCGCCAUCGUCUUUACCCGCACAGUAAACGAGACUCAACGCCUAGCCAUCUUGCUUCGCGCUCUCGGCUUCGGCUCCAUCCCUCUCCACGGCCAGCUCUCGCAGUCCUCCCGCUUAGGCGCACUCAGUAAAUUCCGCUCACGCAGCCGCGACAUCCUCGUAGCGACAGACGUCGCCGCACGCGGCCUCGACAUCCCCUCUGUUGACGUGGUGCUCAACUUCGAUCUACCCUCGGACAGCAAGACGUAUAUCCAUCGCGUAGGCAGGACCGCGCGCGCAGGUAAGAGUGGACAUGCCUUUAGCAUUGUAACUCAGUACGACAUUGAGGUCUGGCUGCGGAUCGAAAAUGCGCUGGGUAAGAAAUUGGACGAGUAUAAAGUUGAGAAGGAGGAGGUGAUGGUGCUGAGUGAUAGGGUGGGCGAGGCGCAGCGGCAUGCGAUUACCGAGAUGAAGGAUUUACAUGAGAAGAGAGGCUCCAGGGGGGCCACGUUAAAGGGGAGAAGGCCGGCGAAGGGGGCGAAGAGGGGGCGGGAUGAAAUGGAUCGUGAGGAAGGGUAG